UUUUAAAAGAAAUAUUUACUCAAUUAUAAUUUAUAUCUUUUAUCAAAUGCACAACUUUAAAAAUAUAAAACGGUUAAUCCUUCAAGAAGUUUUGCUAAAGUGAAUAAUUUUUUUUUUCUGGAACCAUUAUUGCUAAUGUAUAUGACUACAAUUUGGUUCGAGUUAGCUGUAAAAAAACAAACAAAAACUUGUUUUGGUUAUUUAAAUAAAAAUUUUUUUCCCAUUUUUAAAAAACUUUUUCACUCUGAUCAAAAUGUAAAGUACUGUUAUCCAGAGCAGUCGCGUCAAAAAUCUAUGCUCUGUUUUUUACACAUCAAUGUUCGUGUUAUUUAACAAAAAAAGAACGAUGUUUUACAUGUAAUGUUAGAAAUAAUUGCCAACGCAUAUAUUUUACAUUUACAAUGGCACAACUAAAAUUCUUUUUCAACCAUCAUCUCGAUUCGUCAAUGAUGAAUAUAUUUAAAAGUCAAUUAAUCAUACAUACACACGCGCGUGCUGGAAAGUUAAAUCUCUCAGUUUUCCACCUCAACUAUGUAUUUAAGUCUCUCACGACGAGUUUUCCUCAAUCUGCCCAGUAUUUAAGCAGCGUGCCUCGUACUUAAUCUCUCUAUCGAUGAACACACCGCAAAGUACAUCUUUCACGUUAUUUUUAUUGAAAAAAAAUCAUGCUAUUGUUUGUGUGCACAAUAUUGAUCGUGACGUGUUACAGCGAAAUAAAACCAACAACGGCGGGAAGUUCGUACAAAGACCUGAAUUUCCGCGUGUGCGCGAACAACGAGUCGUUGGCUUUAAAAGUAUCGGUCGUUGGCCACGAAACUGGGGAUACUUGCCGGUGCGAAGUGGAGAGACGGCCAAACGCGUCAAAACCUGCACACCAACAGCAAGUCUUGGAACGAGGCGCGCAAGAUUUGCAACGAGGAGAGCGCGCAUCUCGCUAUCGUCAAUUCCAAGGCCGAAGAAGCUGUGAUUAGCGAUAGUUAAUUUUUUCUCCCACGCGACGAGGAAGUUGAAUAAUAUGUUUUCUUCUUUUUCUCGCAGGUUUUGAUGGAUAUGCUGAAUGAAGGCGCCAGUAAAAUAAGAGAUGCCGCGAACAAGGAACAAGCGCUGCUCGGUAUCCACGACAUGUUCCAGGAGGGCGAGUGGCUGACGGUUUUCGGGCAGUCGAUUUACAUCACCGGCUAUUCUAACUGGUCGCCGAUUUUCUUCGGUGGGCAGCCCGACAACUAUUUGGGCAACCAAAACUGCGGCUCUCUGAUAAAAUCCGGUGGAAUGGACGACGUCAAUUGUCGCGAAAAAUUCGCCUUCUUCUGCGAGGCGCCACUAAUCUGCUAGGAAACGCACUUUCACGAAAAAUUAUAGCAUGUUGUAACACUAGCAAAAUAAAUCAUGUAUUCCACAGCAA